AUGCUAAACUUCUCUGGUCAAACUAAGAAGAGAUCAGUCAAUUUAGGUAACAACAAAAGUACAGGUUUUGGUAAUAGAAAUUUUUUAGAACAAUCUAGAUUACAAAGAAAUGAAAGGCAAGAAAUUAGAAAUCGUGAAAAAUCAGCAGUAAUACUACAACGCAAUAUUACAAAUUAUUUGAGAAUUUCAAAAGAUAUUAAAGAUCUACUUCGGCAAUGGAAUGAAUUUGAAAUCAAUGAAUCUAAUGAAUGGGGACAAUUUAUCUUAGAUUCUAUAAGUUUAUCUAGAUGGUUUGCAACUCGAAAUCUGGAGAUUGAAAAUUCAAUUUUAGUCAAUUUAAAUAGUCAACUAGAGGAUAUAUCUAAACCAGAAAUAUCGUUAUCUGCUAUUAAUAUUUUAGGGAAUUAUUUAACGCCAUUAAUAAAAAAUAACAGAGUAAGUUAUCACAAUAAAUAUCUAAUAUUUCAAGUUUUACGUUUUUUAUACCAAAAAUAUCAAUUUACUACAUCUCAACUACUAUCAAAUCUCAACUCCUUGCUAGAAGAAUCCGAAUUGAAUGCCACGUCUUCAGAGUCAACCCAAAUCUUAAACUUCAUAUACACAAUUAAUGACAAUGGAGGGGAUCCAGAUUAUUUCAUACCAUUUAUACAAGUACUUUACAAUUAUCGUUAUAUUCAACCAAAUCCCUUAUACUUAACAAUACUAAGAAACGUUUUUGAUCCUCGAGCAAUUGACUGCCUUCAAACUUUUAAAGACAAUAGUCCAAGAGAUUUCUUUAACAAAAUUUUACUAAAUUUUUUGACUAUACAUGGAAAUGAAAUGUUUAUCGAUGAGGACUAUCAUCUUUUGCUGAUCUUGUUAAUUUAUAACAAUUCAAAAAUUGUGGAUUCAUCUCAGGAUAUCGAGGUCUCCAAAUCAAAGGAGGUGUUUGAGGCCACUACGGCAGAAUUAAAUACAUUGGAUAAAUUAUAUACUUCAAAUUUUUUACAAACUGUAAUACAGCAAUUAGAGGAAAAUAAUUUAACAUCAUUUAUAAUUUUAUUCAAAAUCAGCUAUCUAAGGCCUUCCUUAAAACACCAAGUUUACUUACAAUUAUGUGUCAAUCCUCGAAAUAUAUCACUUUUGUAUGAUAAUUUUGCAAAUGAAAUCAUUUUCAAGGUUAUUUUACAAUAUGAGGAUGAAAUUCCUAAAACCAUAGCUUAUACUUUAUUUGACCAACCAAUGUUUUGGGAUGAAUGCUUGUUUUUUGAGGAAGUUUAUUCAUACUGGCUAAUAAUAUCGAACGAUGGAGAAUUUUUCGAAGAAUCAGGACUUAGUGCAACAAAUAUAUUAGAUUUGUGUAAAUUUUUAAAAUCAGUUUGCUUGAAUAUAGUAGAUAUCGAAAAUGGACUUACGAAAGAAUUGCAAGAGCAAUCAAACAAGUUGAUUGAUCAAUUAUAUUUGAAAAAUCUUAGACUAAAGUUUUUACCUACAAAUUUUUGGUUAACUGAACUGUUUAAUUAUAACAUUCCGAAAUUGAUAGAAUACUUAGUUGAUGAUUACGAGAAUAUUGCAGAUAGUGAUGACGAGGAUUUAAAUGACCAAGCUGCAUCUAAAAAACCACUUAUAUACUCCAAAGUGAUCAAAAUUUUAUUCAAUACACCAUAUUUCAUCCCAUUUAAUGAAAGAGUAAUGAUCUUUCAAGGGUUAGUAGAGAAAGACAAAGAUAAAAUAACACCAAAUUUAUUUUUCCAAGAAGAAUCAAGAUUAGGAGCCGAAAUAAGAAGACAAAAUUUAUUAGAAGAUGCAUUUGAAUCAUUUGGUAAAGCUGGCGAACAAUUUAAACAUAAAAUCCAAGUUGAAUUUUUCAAUGAAUAUGGACCUGAAGCUGGAAUUGAUGGCGGAGGAAUUACAAAAGAAUUUUUAACUGGUGUUUUGUUAGAUGGGAUUAACCCUGACAAUGGAUUAUUUCAAACUACAACUGAUAAUCAAGUAUACCCGAAUGAAGAUAUUUAUUAUAAACUAAGAUUACAAAAAGAUAUGGCAAUUCAACAAAAGAAAUUAGAAUAUUUAAGAUUUUUAGGAAUGUGUGUUGGUAAAUGUUUAUUUGAAAAUGUUUUAGUUGAUGUUUCAUUUGCACCAUUUUUUAUUAGCAAGUCAUGUAUGGAUUUAUUUAAAAAUUCGAUUAACGAUUUAAAUUAUUUGGACCCAGAUUUAUUUAGAAAUUUGACAAAACUUUCUAAAAUGUCAAAUGUUGAAUUAGAAAAUCUAGAUUUAAGUUUUAGUGUUGACAUUAAAGUUGAUCACAAAACACAUAAUUUUGAAUUAAUACCAAAUGGUUCUAAAACUAAAGUAAACAAAGCAAAUGUUCAAUAUUAUUUACAUAAAUUAGCAGACUUUAAAUUAAAUCAAUCAUUAAUGCCACAAACCAAAUAUUUCUUAGAAGGUUUAUUUGUAAUGAUACCUAAAAAAUGGUUGAAAAUGUUUGAUUCUUUUGAAUUACAGAUGUUAAUAUCAGGUGGAGAAAAAGCAAUAAAUUUAUCAGAUUGGAAAUUAAAUGUUGAAUAUGGAGGUUAUUUAGAAAAUGAUUUAAGUAUAAAAUUAUUUUGGGAAAUUAUUCAAGAAUUAAAUAUUGAAGAAAAAUCAAAACUUAUUAAAUUUGUUACUUCAGUAAGUAGAGCUCCAUUAUUAGGUUUUAGUACAUUAAAUCCAAAAUUUGGUAUUCGAAAUUCAGGUAGAGAUAAAGAUAGAUUACCAACAGCUUCUACUUGUGUAAAUUUAUUAAAAUUACCUGAUUAUCAAGAUAAAAAAAUUAUGAAAGAAAAAUUAUUAUAUGCUAUAAAUACUGAAGCUGGUUUUGAUUUAUCAUGA